AUGGAAUUAUGGAUCGGAGCUAUAAAAGCACUUGGCCAACGGGCAGAUGUCAGUUAGUUUCGUUUCAAGCGUCACUGAGAUCACAUAAGCCAACAUGAAGUUCGCCGUUGUCGUAGUCCUGUUCGCUUUGGCCUAUGGUGUCAACAGCUCGGUGGUGCCGCUCCUGACCUCCGCCCAUGGAUUGGUGGUCGGUGCUCCCGCCGUCGCCGGUUCGGUGGCCAUCCAGGCAUCUGCGGUGCCCGCUGGCAUUCCCGCUGCCGUUCCACUGGCCCUGUCCCCAGCCGGACCCGUGCUCAUCCAGUCUGGACCAGCGGUGGUUGCCGCUCCGGUUCCUGCUGUCGUGUCCGCUCCUGCUGUGGUUGCUGCUCACGCACCCGCCGUGGUGGCCGUCGCCGCUCCGGAGGCCAGUUAUGUGGCCAAGACCCGUGGUGCCGUCCAUGUGGCUCCUCUGCCCGGACACGUGCAGUCCGCUGCCUCCGUGAACCUGGAGCCCGCACCAGGCACCUGGUAAACACCUGAAAGGACCCCUGGAUAACCCCUACAUCGAUCCUGACCGCCACUUGCUCGCAUCUUUACCACAUUUUUUGGUUUUUUAAGUUCCCGAAAGGUCUUUCCACUCCUGAGAUCCUCGUUGAGGUCUCAUUUCUUCAGCAAUCUAAGUCAAUCCUCUCCAGUCUAUCGCUUUCCGCUAUACUCUCUGGUCUAUAUUUAUCCACCCCGCUGUUGUCAUAUGGAAAUUUGUUUCUUUUGAAUAAAAAAAUGUUAUUAAAACAA